AUCGGAAAAAGAAAGAUGGGUAAAGCAAGAGGAGUGAAUAAUGGUGUUAAUCAAAGCUCCCUCGGCUAUCUCUUUGGUUCCGGGGAGUCUCCUUCCGCCGCCGCCUCAACAAUGGGGACCACAACGACGACAACCACAACAACUACCACCGACGGAACCGGAGGGAGACCAGUUACGACCACGACGACCACCGUCACUGAUAAUAAGAAGACACCUGCGGGUGUUAGAGGAAGCCCUAAUAACUACUUCAGAUCAGAAGGCCAAAACUGUGGAAACUUUCUCACGGACAGGCCAUCAACUAAGGUUCAUGCUGCUCCUGGUGGAGGAUCUUCUCUUGGUUAUCUAUUUGGAGGACCAAAUGCUGCUGAAUCUGGAAACAAAUAA